AUGUUUAACUGCGAUCAUUGUCCGUCAGUUUUCAAUGCAAAACGUAAUUUGACAGCACACCAAAAGAAGCAUACGGGUGUACGUUUUCCGUGCACUGUAUGCCCAUCAACAUUCGCUUACAAAACCGGACUCAACAAACAUAUGAAAAAUGGUCAUGGUAUCAUAAAUGUUCCAGCCCACUUAAGACCAUUGCCAGCUGCGCCGAUCAUCGAUCAACCUGCUCCAGCUCAUCAGGUCCAGAUUGCACCGCAAAUAUUUGUUCCUGAUGUCCCGGCCGGUGGAUCGAACAUGUUAACCGAAGACGAAAUGUGUAUGGAAGCCAUGGACGAAUUCGAGGAUACAGAUUCUUACACCGUUGCCGUUAACGGGAAACGUGUUUCGACUGCUAACACCACCUCAGCUGUUAGGGCAAAAAAGACGCGUAUGGAUAUGGUAAAGGCCCCCGGAUUCGUAGAAAUUUUGUCGUCUGCGAGCCGUAAAAUCGUGUGGUACUAUACCAAAAAUAUCGGCAAUACAAUGAUUUAUUCAGACUUUCUUCGACCCCUCAUACCUGAACUAAUAAAUUUGUUGAAAACUCACGUACAAAAACACGCAAUAAAAUUUAAUUUGAAACUCGAGGCGACUUACAACCGUCCCAACGUCCCCAAUUCGUCAGAGAACAGGGCGUUCAAGACCUCGGCAGUUGAAAUUUACCCUGACAGCGAUUUUAGAACGAUUAUAGAGAGGGCGUAUAUCAAGUUAAUGAAGGAGAAGGACGAAUAUAUGGGAAGAGGAAGUGGAUUUACAUUAGAGUCGAUCGAUGGGCUGUUGCUGGCAGUGUAUAAAUAUACGCCGAUGGGCGGAUCAUCGUACAUACAAUUACCUGAAUAUAUUGAUAGGAAGCGGAGUACCAUCAACCCAAAGAAUACGGACCAGCAUUGUUUUAAGUGGGCAAUCCUAUCAAGGCAUGUGACCGGACCAACGGUAUGUCGUGUAGAGGGAAAUAGAUAUAGUCAGCAUGAGGGGAAAUAUAAUUUUGACGGUAUUUCGUUCCCUACACCUCUGUCGGAUAUAUCAAAUUUUGAAAAUAAUAAUAUCAAUGUAAGUGUUAACGUCUAUGGGCUCGAUAAGAAAUUCCAACCACCUAGAAAAUACCCGACAUACGAGGUGUACCCGCUGCGAGUAAUCAGCGAAGAAAAACCGGACCAUUUCGACCUGUUGUUGGUGACAGAUGGCGACAACUCGCACUAUGUUUACAUUUCGAAUUUUUCCCGGCUCAUACGCAAGCAGAAAACAUCACACACUGAGAGAUUAGUGUUCUGCAAAAGAUGUUUUACUAGUUUUGAUGAUAGACGACAUAAAUACAAGCUGAGCGGACAGGAGGCCCUGGACCAACACAAAUUGAUUUGCGGCGCGCACAAGCCGAUACUACCCGAGAUGCCGAAGGAGGGGGAGUGUGUUGAGUUCAGGGCGUGGAAAAAAACGGUUAGGCACCCGUUUGUAAUUUACGCGGAUUUCGAGGCGAUCUUGGUGAAGACGGAGGAGAAAAAAGGAGGUAGCACGACAGUUAUACAGAGGCAUGAGGCGAUGAGUUAUGGGUUUUUAGUGAAGGCGAGCGAGGACGUGCCGGCGGAUUUAUUGGAACAACACGAGAUACCGGCGGGGCCGGUAAUCUAUAGAGGAAGUGAAGACAGGACGGACGUGGCGAGGCAUUUUGUAGAGUCAAUAGUUGAGGUGGCCCAUAAAAUUGAAAAUCUGAUGAAGACGAAUAUAGCGAUUAUUAUGACUGAGGGCGAAGAAAAAACAUAUCAAGAGUGUAGUACGUGUAAUUUAUGCAAAUGUGUAUUAGUCGGGGGCGAUAAGGUUAGGGAUCAUGAUCAUCUGACGGGCAAAUUUAGGCAGACCUUGUGCUCUAGGUACUAUCAACGUUAUACCGAACAGUGA